AUGGCACACUUCCUGGAAGAUUCGCACAGAAGCAAUGAGCUGCUGGUAGUUUAUACCUGGGUCCCCUUCGCCUGGUUUGCUUGGCCGACCCUGGUCGUUGGGACUGCCCAGGACAUUGCCGACACCGGCCCACAAAUUCUUGGCUUCUUGUUGUACCUGCCUUUGUUGGAUGACGCACGCAAGCUGACUAUGAUGUGGAUGGCCUACUGCUUCUUGGCCAGUGCCAGGUCAUUGCAGCUUUGCAUGUCUCAUGCUGGCAUGAAAGCCCAGCUGACGCCCUUUCUUUUACGGAUACUUCUGCUGGAACUCGCUGGCUUAGUGGCAGGACGUGCGCGAAUUUGGUACCUGAGUCGGCAGGGCACGCCUCUUACGUCGUCAUACCUGGAUCAGUGCUCCAGGACGAAGGAGGUCCAGGUCCAGCCAGUCAACAGCUCUGACCUACAGCAAGAGCAUCAGGCUAUACCACACGCAUAUGUGCCGUCUGGAGCCUGUGGACGGGCAGAGAUGAUUGCAAGAAGCAUCUGGCAUCGGCGGCGGCUGUACAAAGACGAGCUGAGGGGCCGACUGUUAUGGGCUGUGCACCUUCACGCCGAGAAGCAGCUCACUUCCGAUCUUUUGCUCCACAUCCUCACCUUCCUGCAGGAGCCGGAAAGGCCGGUGACAACCUUCUUGGGGCUGCUCUCGGACGACAACACGUCCCAGAUCUCCGGAAGUCAGCGCACGAGGAUGCACAAGCAACUGGGCAUGCUGUGCUUGCUGGAGAGGAUAGACCGCAAUUGCCUAAUGGUGUUCCACAGACUGGUCAAGGACAGCAUGCUGACGGACAGAGGGCUGGACAUCAUGAUGAUGGUAUGCAGCCUGGAGAUGGAGGCGGUUGAGGAGGAGUUCGUGAUGACCUCCACAACUUCGUCUCCUGAUCGGCGAGGUGGGCGAGUGAGAACACAGGAAGAGGCUACAUGGGGCUUUUCGAGGACGGGUCAGGCCUUUUACAGGAGGGUGAUCGCUCCGGUGCUUGAGCAAGCAGGCGUGGUUAAGGCACAAGCUCCUCCGCCACGGGCGUUGCCGUCGCCGAUUGCGAAGUCCUCUUCUGCAAGUCAAGGGGCCCAUGGAGGUCCAUUGAUGCCACCCAAUGUCCAGCAGGCCAUGCGAGCUUGGACGGCGAGGCCGAGUUUGUUGACUCCUAGGCCUCCGAUGCAGCAGCGCUCCCAUGAUGCGGUGUCUUCGAGUAGCUCGGGACAUCAAGAAAUCGUGGCGGAGGAGGUUCGUCGUCAAGUUCAGGGAGCCCUUCAAGCACGGGAUGCGAGCAUGAGAACUUUGAUGGCAGAGAAUGAGGAGCUCAAGCGGAUGUUGGUGGUGCAAACCCAGGCGCUUGGUGCGGUGCGGGAGACAGGCCGGCCGAUGUCAAGGCCGACGCCACUUCCAUCCUCUCAGGUGGUCUUCCUGGAGACAGUCAAAGCGGACCUUUACCUGGAGGAGGCCAAGCUGGAGCAGCGAGUGAUCAGAGAUAUCCUGGUGUUUCAGAAGGUCAACCGGGACCGAGUGGAGGUGGAGGAGGAAACGCAUGGGGGUAUGCGCCAACUGCAGCAGGCCUACUUGGAGAAGAAGGACGGCCCAGAGCAGGAGGUGAUCAAGGGCGGCAUUGAGCUGCCAAAGCUACCAGAACCUCACGCCGAUGGAGGUGUGGAGUUUCAAGACUGGGUUUACAUGACAGAGCAGAUGGUGGGUUCGCUGACGGACAAGGCGGGUGCAUGGUAUAUGGCUACGCUGGCGUGUGCCAAAGAGGCGUUUGCACGUUACCAGACUGCCACUCCGUUGGACAGGCUCAACAUAGCCCCUGCCCUACCUGACCAGCUCAGGGCGAAGCUUUGGGAGCGCUUGGAUCGCAGAGUGCUUACGUUGGUGCUAGCAGCAAUGCCACGUCAGGCCAAGGAAGAUGCUGUUACCCAUAGGGUGAAAACAACAGCCGAUGCCUUGUUCAGGCUGUACGUCCUGUAUCAACCAGGAAGCACAACGGAGCGCGCAGCAGUGUUGAAGCUACUUGAAGGAGCCCCAGCUGGAGAAAACCCGGAAGAAGCAGUGACUGCCUUGAGGAGAUGGAGAAGACACCUCAACCGUGCAGUCGACAUGGGCAUCACGCCACCUGACGCUUCCCUUCAGCUAAGAGGACUUGAUUUGAUCAUUGCCAAGGUGGUUGAGCGAGAUGCUGGGCUAUCCUUUCGUUUAUCGUUGGCCCGGCAUACCCUCCAGUUGCAGAAUCGCCCGACCCAGGAAACCGUGCUGCAGUUCUAUGACCACGCUCUUGCGGAGAUCCAGCAGCUUGCGCCUCUCAAGGGGAAGUCUCAAAGUGGACCAGAAGCAACUAAGCUCCGGGCACUUGGUACAUCAGCUGGAACUGGUGAAUCAACGUCCCCCACUUCUCCUUCGUCGGCAAAAGGAUCAGGCAAGGGGGCAGAGAAGACUCCUUGUAAGUUCUUUACCAGUGAUGCUGGAUGCAAGAAGGGCGGAAGCUGCAAGUUCGCUCACAGCUUUGCGAGCCGUGAAGAGAAGAAGUCGAGAUGUUGGACGUGUGGUGCCCGAAAUCAUCGUCAAGCAGACUGCCCAGUGAAGCCGAAGACCAAGGACCCAGCAACGCCCAAGGCCGCGGCAGCCCUGGCUGUUCCCCAGUCGGCGACGUCUUCUAUGACUUCGGCGGCCACUCAGCUACAGACUGCAUUGCCCUCGGCCUCUUCUACAAUGCCCCAGCAAAGUACACAGUCUUCAACCUUGGACUCUACAGCAGCGGCAACCUCCUCGACUACAACUUCAAGCCAGCCCUCAGGGAUGUCGCAGCAUGAGCGUGAAGUCAAGGCCCUCCUUCAGGAGGCCAAUGCUAUGUUGAGCAAGCUCACACAGCUGCAGGCCUUGACUGUGACUCAGGAGUCGUCAGAUGAGCUGCGCGUUGCUAUCAAGGCGUAUGAGGCUCAGGUUCGAGCUAGAACGGCUCUUUUGGACUCUGGAGCUUCACAUGCGUUUCGUCCUCUACGAGAAGGAGAACUGGACAACACAACCCCCAUCAAGGUUGAGCUCGCGGGCGGCCAAGAGACAUGGCUGCGCCAAACCAAGGCGGGCACACUUGUGCCAAGUUCACAUGAUGAUGGAGCCACGGCUGGGUCCAUAGUUCCUCUUGGGGCUUUGGUCCAGCAGCUCAAUUGUACUCUUACAUGGAGCAAGGAUGAUGGUUUGGUUAUCAAUCACCCCUCCUACGGCAAGAUCGCGGCUCAGACAAUUGGCAAUUGUCCUGUGAUUUCUGAGGCCCAGGCGCUUAGCCUGAUUGCCGAGUUGGAGCAAGCAAAGGUGAAUGAGCUAGAGGGCCAUGUGUCAGAUGGCCAACUUCGUGUUCUCAACUGGGACCUCGAGGAGUUGAGGAGCUGGGAAGGUGCAAUGGCUACCUAUGUGGCGACUGGGAAAAGGCACCAUGGAUUGGAGGCUUUGAUGAUGCCGUCUUUUCCUUUUGGUCAAGUUGAUGAGUCGAUUCGAGGCUUGUUGGUGGAGGACGUGGACCUCUCAGAUCAAGCCGGGUGGAACUACCUGAAGGCUAUGCCAAUUCGAAGAGCUAUGAGGAAGCGGCUCUUUCAAACUUCGUGGAUUGUCCACUUGUAUGCGGGGCCCUACGACAAGAAGACCGACAACUUGAAGGUCACCGAAAGGAAUGGUGUUACCGUGCUCGAGCUGGACAUCCUUAGAAGCAGCUUGUUUUCCUUGAGAGGACAGAGCUCAGCUUACAAGCUUCUUUUGUGGGCUGCACUUCGAGGUCAAAUCGUCAGUGUGGUGGGUGGUCCGCCGAGGGACAGUGAGUCAAUGGAGUUGAUUUGCAAGCAGUUGUUCCUGUGGACAGUGGCGGACAAGGCAAUGAGAAUGAUGCGGUUGCCAGCCCCUGGCUUCAUGAUGGAGCUCCCUGAAGGCCAUGGUUUUUGGAAGUCAGAAGUUUGGAGCAGGUGGAGCCACGGUUUGCGAAUGCCAUCCUGCUACGUCUCAGCGGGGAUCAACGAAGGUCAGUACAGGGUGGCCACGAACCUCGAUUUCUACAAGGCCCUACCGGUUGAAAGGGCAGCCUCAAGGGAUGUGCCAACCUGGUCCCCUUCCUCAUGGACUACAACCUUCAAGGACCAAAUUUGCGAUGCCUUGCAAGCUUGGUACAAAGAACCAGAUCUACCACGACUUGUGCGAAUGUUGGCCAAGUUUGAGGGCAACUACGACGAGAUGAGCCUCGCA